ACCACGAAUUGUUUACCUAUCUCGUGCAUAUUGCUCUGCAAGUUGUUCGUUUCGUGAGUGAUAGAAACAAGUCUAGCCGCGGAAAGUGUCAACUAAUAACUGUGACCAGUCGUUAGACAACCGUGUUGCCACCGUGCGUUUUCUAGCUUGCUUGGACGAUCAUGGAACAAAGAUAUACUUAUCAAACAUCACUUUUGUUCGAACGCUUUCGUUGACGCGGUCAAAGUCGUCCUGGCAAUACGAUUCGGGAAUAGCUGCUGCCGCAAAGUCAUUGGCAGUGCUUAUUGAGGUACAAUAACGGCCUUAAGAAGUUAAUCCACCGCUUGCACUCGUACGACGAAAAGGUUUCAUUCCUGUUCGACUGAUAGCCUUUCGCAUCCAGGAGAUAAGAUUCACCGGCAAAAUGUGGACCCCUUCCUAUGAUAUUAUCGUCGAAACGUUGACCGGGUCGGAGUUCGAGGUGACGGUCAACGAUCGGGACACGGUCGGUUAUCUCAAGGCAGAGAUCCAAAAAUAUGAAGGCAUUCCGGUUAGCCAGCAGCAUCUGCUCUACAAGCACAAGGAGUUAAGCGAUGCAAUGGAGAUGAAGGAUAUUCCACUGGUAAAGGGCUCCCGCGUCAAGCUGGUGCUCGGUAUGAAGGGAGGGCCGAUCUCCUCCAAGCGGCUCUUCACCAUCUCAUCCGACUACGACAACUGGCUCGAUAUGAGUGAUGUUUUCUCAGGCGACGAUCUGAUCAAUCUACAAAGUCCAGGACUGAAACUACUUCUUUAUAAGGAUAACAAAAAGAAUGUACACCGGCUGAUGAAAGUUCGAGCGGAAAAAGCCGGCGAUGGCAUGAAGGGAAGUUCCUUGUCACGGUCGGUAAUCGGCAGCGGUGCUUCUGGACAAAGCUCCGGUCAUUGCUCAAACCAGAAGGAGCGUGAAGCGGCUAUUAUGAAACAGAAAAUGGAUCAAAUCAAAGCCAGAUUAAGCUUAAAAAAGAAAAGACUGGGAGCAGCACAGGGCGAAAACAGCAGACAUAUGGUUGGUGAGGAGGACGGCGAGGAAAGCAACUCUGGUCGUGGGGCACAGAAGGCCACGGAGGACCUUUUGUCAGAAGAAUGCCGUCACGAAAGUGAAGUCAAGCUGGCUCGUAGCCAGGGACAGUAUCGACACAAGAAACGUCACCAUCACCACCAUCAGCAUUAUCAUCAACAUCAGCCGCAACACGAGACUGUGAUCAAAGAGGAAAAGACACCGAUCGGCUAUAGGCCGGGAGCGAGCGGUGGCUCGGCGAGGGGAACACUGGGAGGGGGUGGUGCCGCGGCAAUGGUGGUCACCGGUGGCCACAACACGCCGAUGGUCGGUGCUAUCGGAUCGAUUUUGCCAACAGCGGCCGCCACUACCACCGCAAGCGGGUCCCACAGGAAGUCUAUGCCAGCUGUGAUUGACAUCGAUCGGCAAGAGCAGGAACCGGCAGCGGCCCCUUUUAGCUAUGGUUUGGUAAAUGUACUGCACGGUAGUGCGACGGCGACGGCAACUCGUACGCUUGAAUUGGAAAAGCGCUCACAAAUCCGCGAGCACCUCCAGCGUAACCGCUCGUUCAAGACGAUAAGUGCGAAGAAUCUGGAUUUUAGUCGCGAUUGCACGGCGCAUAUGAGUGGCGUAGGUGGAGGUGGUGGACACAGUGGCUCAGCCGGCCUUGAGCGUUCGCUGUCGUUCCAUUCGAACGGGAUUUUGAACCGUAUGAACUCGGAAACAACGCUCGAUGGUGGUAGCAGUAUUCGACGGUGCACCAACCUCGGACAUACCCGCGGAACCGGCAUCGGGCAGUCCCGGAUAGGGUCGAGCGCAGGUGGUUGCACCACUACGCAGUCACUUCAUCAGUUGAAUGAGAAGGUGUCGUCCGCGUCGCUUCACGAUCUGAUCGAACUCCUCAAGUACACUCACUCCAAACAGCAGCGCACCAUCUCGAACGAUUCACUCAAUAAACUGGUGCUGAACUACUCGAAGAAGGUGUACAUGCCUCAUUUGUACCAUCAUGGGACCGGAGCGGCUGGCGGCAUGAAGAAAUCCCUUCCGGACAUCAAUCCUUCGCUUAAUAACAUUGACGAGUAUCUGCCAAAUUUGGACGUCGAUAACAAGCAAACCGUAGCGGCCAAUACCGGUGUCGGAGGAGAAGGAAGAGGAGCAAUUCCUAAAGGGUUGGAGGCUCGUUGUCGCGAAGAAGAAGGAGGAGAGAUUACCUACAAGAAUGCUGGUGGAAUGGACAAAACGUACCGAACGCUUUGCAAGUCGAUUUCUGAUGACAAUAGCGUCUACGAGCUUCCAAAGCUACUUGUGCGUGAGGACUCCCCGGUGGAGUCUUUUCUCGGUUCCUAUUCCCAGUUGGAAACCGUUGCCCUGCGUGGUGAUUCGCCGAAGAACAACUUCACCUCCACGACCAGUCUGCAGGAAGUUGGCGGUCGUGGUGGUGGAAUGCUCGACGAUCCUGAAACUACUACCGCAACCGUGACCGAAAGCUUGCUUGAGCUGCGACCGAUCGUAACGAAAACGCCCGCUUCGCUCGUUGGUGAAGCGAAGCGAGCGUCCGAAUCGCUGCUUCAGCUGGCACAAAUCGCGGCUGAAAGUGUGAAAGCAAGUAGCGUCACGCCACCGGCAGCCGCGGCCGCUGUCAACGAUAUUUCACCCCAAACCCAGACAAGAGGAAAGUUGUUCGGGAGUAGCGGAAGCCUUACGGCCGGAUGUGAAAGUGCCACCGUCUCGCUGGAAGCAGGUGGAGUUGUGCGAGACGGGAAUACACAGUCUUCUAUCGCUUCCUCGUGGUGUCACCACUGGAACCAUCAGCAACAACAGGAUAACCCAUUCCUGUGGAAUCUACAACAAGUGUCUUGUAGCCAUCCGCAACAUCACCGUUCCGAUCUGGGGAUUAACGAGCUUGAGUUGAAGUUUGUCCACACACACUCAAAGGAUCGGGUGGCGGGUGACGAAUCGAAUGGCAAUGUGAUAAAGCUACCGGCUAUACCGAAUCUGGAAAUCAACACCAGCUGGUUGUCGUCCGGUGGUUGGGAUUCGUUGCGGUUCGGCAGAGAAGAUGAGGACGCCGAUGACGAAGCGCUUGAUGAGGAAGAAGUCGGUGGUGAGGUGAACGAGCACGAGGAUGAUGAGGAGGUUGACGGAGGCAUAGAUGGAGGGGUGCUCCCGGAGGAGGAAGAUCAGGAGCGUGUCCAGACAUCGUCCUCCUGUUCGUCGAUACAAAGACCCCAUCGGGCCACUUCAAACUCAACCAGCUUCAUCCACAGCAAUCUAUCGAUCUCUUCGGACGAAGAUGAUUUGCUCAAUGUUGCCCAUGAGUUGGGCGGUGGUGGUGGCACUAUGAGUGGCGGUACGGCCAGCGCAGGAAGUAAUUGUGGUGCGUACAAAGCGGGCGGCAACAAGUCGAAAUCGAUCGAUCUGAACGAAUUUCGCAAGGCAUUUGGUAGCAGCCCAACGUUGUUGAACGGAUUUGCGGCGGGAGUAGGCACUAGUUGUACACGGCUCGUACCUCAGCUGUCGCGCCUCGAGACAAUCCCGUCACAGUACCGCCGGGGCUAUACGAACCUCAACGAUGCUUGCCUGUCGAGCUCGACAUCGGAGCUGGAGUGCGUAAGCAAUGGGGCGGCCAAGAAAAAGCAUCCCCUCGCUAGCGGUGGCUUACUUCCACCGGAGGACGAUCGAAGCGUUUUGUCCGCCCUCUUAAAGUAUCGCAAAAAUGGCAACAUUCCGUAUGUGCGUAGUAACGAAAAUCUGAAUCGCUACAAAGUAUCGCUGAACGGGACGAUGGCACCAUCAGGUGGCGCACGUCGACGGAGUGGUGAUAGUAGUACUGAAGCUCUCGGAACAGGUGGUGGUGAUGCUCUUUACCUGCGGCAACAACGGCAACAAACGGCCGCCGGAGGUAGUGCAGCCACCGGUAGACAUCUUCCCGGAAUACGAGACCAUCUUGCGAGCAUUGCUGACUCGGAGCUGAGUGAUUCAUUUGCAAGUGGCAGCAACAACAGUAGUCACAAUAAUAGUGUGGGUUCGAACAUGACCGAAGACGAUGAGAUUAACGGGCAACCGACAAACCGUUGUUUUACGAUGGACAGUGACUUUGAGUGCCGCUUUUCGAGGUUAAGUUGUUGCUCCGGCACUACGCCUGGUGGAGAAGCAGCAAAAACCGUGUCCCCUGGUGGUGCACCAGCAGGGAACGGAUACCACCACAGUCGUCAACACCAGCAUCAGCAACAUGCGUCGCCUGGACUUUCCGUGAUUGGUGGUGGAGUACGGACGGCAAAUUCGACCUCUUCGAACGGUGGUGAACGGAAUCAUCGGUUGGUGUUUGGCGACGAAGGGCGGUCCUCGAUGCCGCGACUGUCUGGUGCGGAUGGAGGAACCGCUAGCACAUCGACCACCACCACCCCUAUGCGACCGUCGGACUACUAUUUCCCUUCGGACGAAAGCUUGUUCAACAUGGAUUCGUUCUUUGAUGAUUUCGUCGAGAUCGAUACGAGCGACAUCUUCGACAGCACCGAGUUCAUUAACAUUAACGCGCCGGGCGUGGGUGGACGCAAGACUGGAUCGCAAGGUGGUAGUCUUCUGCUGCCCGACAUUCAUGCCCAACAGCAGCAGCAGCAGCCGCAGCAGCAGCAGCAGCAUCACCACAUGGGCGAGCAACGGCAACAAAAAUCACCGUUCUCCUCUUCGUCGUCUCAAUACCUUUACUUCCAGUCGAAAGACCAACGGAUGCAAGGACAGCAGCAGCGACGUGUUCUGCACACACCACCGCCUGGCUUUCGAGGAAACAACUAUGAAGAUCAGAUACUGAAAUGCUCCACCCGUUACGCAUUCAUGCAUGCUGGAGGCGCUGGCGAUUAUGGGGACGAUGAUGACGAUGACGAGGAUGACGUCGACGAUGACGACGAAGAGGACGAGGAGGAGGAAGAGGAUGGCAUUGCUUCCAUCAUUCAGCAUAUCGAUCGCGAGCAACUGUGCGACGAACCACGGCGGCGAUCCGCAGCUACCGCGGUCGCUGAUGCAAUGUCUUCUUCCGCCAUCAGAGUACACAGCAGUGGAAAGCGUCAUUCUGCUUCAUCCGAGCGGCUUCUACGGCUCCAAAAUUCUUAUCAUCCACCGCAUUCGAACCAUUCGCAAUCGGCUAUGUUGACCCUGCCCGCGUCACUUUCUGGUGAGUCCCAAACGCCAGGUUCUUCAGCGACGACGACGACGACAACGACGGCAGCCGUUUUGGAACCAGAAAAACAGAAAAAACUCCGUUGUGCGCAGUGUAAUAAGAAGCUCGGUAUGGUGAUGAUCAUGAAGUGUCACUGCGAGAAAGUUUUUUGUGCACAACAUCGGUACGCCGAGGCUCACAACUGUUCGUACGAUUUCCGGCUCGAAGGGCGUAAGGUGCUGGAGAAGAACAACCCACUGGUGGUGGCGGAUAAGCUGCCGAAAAUCUAAGGACUACUGAAUGCGCAGAAAUCGUCCUUUUAAAAAGGUGAUAACAUAAUUGAUAAGCAGAGGCGAUAAGGUACUAAAUCGACGAAAAAGUACUAAUGUAUUUUCAUUAAAAAACACUGAUAGAUUUAGGAACAAUUUGACCGAAGAAAGAGCGCGCAAGAACCAAUGGUUAGGUACUGGUUUGCUACUAAUUUUAGUGUAAGAUUGGCCCAUAUUACAAGUCUGUAAAUAGUGACUUUUGAAGAACUCCAUGUAAUCUUAAUGCAAACUGAAUCGGUUUUGUUUAUUUUAAUUGUUAAGAGAUAUACUUAGCGUUUCUGUAAUGUUUAAAAAGGUUUGAAUAUUUUUCCCUUUCAAAUUCACAAGCUAAGUUAGUGAUCAUCAAUUAUUAACACAUUUGUAUGUACACCGGUACACAUUUACCUCAUUCGCCACACAGUUGGCAUUAGGAUCUAUAACUUACAGCAAAGUUACCAAACUUUCCGGUCUUCGCGAUGCGCUUAGCGAUAAAUGGAAUCGUCCAUAACAAUACAGUUUUUAUGCUUUUAAGUUUCCUGUUGAGCGGAAAUUUGAGAGCAUAGCUGCACCGGGCUGUGCCUUUAUAUUCGAUGAUUAUUGGAUGCCGUAUGUAAUGAAUUUCUGGUUGAAAAGAUACGUAACUUUACUAAACAAAACAUACUGGGUGAAGAUGAGUUCGAAACAUUUUUCAUCCAUUGAAGACAGCUACGGAAUCCGAUGAUAAUUUCUUAAAUUUUUUGUUAACUUAGUGCUAAGAUGGAAAAAGUUAUCGACCAAAUAUUUUAGGACAUUUUGGAAUGGAAGUAAAUAGGCAAAAAUUAAAAAAGUUUACGAAAAGUGCAGAGAGAAUGAAUUAAAACGUCUUCAAACAAAUAUUCUAAUUCAAGGAUGUACCUAGGUACAGUCGUACUAUGUACGGUAGGGUUACUCUUUAUUUAUUACAAUAAUGAUCCUUUAAAGAAGGAAAGGGGCAUCUGCAGUAGCUAGGGUUUGGGUGCAGUAUACCUCCAUUAUUGAGGUUUAGUACCACAUUCAGUUACUUUAAAUGCUUUAGCGUUCAUAGUAAUAAAAUGCAUUGUUUGGUCCUCUUUUGUUGUAUUAAACUUUGCUCAUACAAAUAGUAUGGAUGGCGCCUUUGUUUAUAAUUUUGAUAUUUGAAAAUCUUUUAUUUCACAAAAUAUUUUAAUUUAAUAAAGUAGUGAAAUGGUUUACCACUUA